UUGGUAUGCUUAAUAAUGGAGAUUUUCUUGUACCUCGAAGAGCUCGAGAACAAUCCGGACAUUGAUCGCAAUGAAACCUUGGGGCAUUUCAUCAAAUCACAUGGUUACUCUGAUUUAUUUCAGGAUGCUUAUCUUGUGCCAAUAUGUGCUUCAAUCUGGUCCUGCACUGCAGAGGUACUGAUGAGCUUAUCAGCUUUCUCUGUUCUUUCAUUCUGCCGGAAUCAUCAUCUUCUUCAGCUCUUUGGCCGUCCACAAUGGCUAACUGUCAGAUGGCGUUCACAAACUUACGUCAAUAAGGUUAAAGAAGUGCUGGAGAGUAAAGGUUGUCAAAUUAGAACAGGAUGCACAGUGCAGUCUGUUUCAACAUAUGACCAGGUUUGUACCAUAUUAGGUGUAGAUGGCUUGCAAGAGAGAUAUGAUGGGUGUGUAAUAGCUGCACGUGCAGCAGAUGCUUUAAGUAUGUUGGGUGAACAAGCAACGCAUGAGGAAAUUAGAGUCCUCGGUGCUUUCCAAUAUGUUUACAGUGAUAUUUACUUUCAUCAUGACAAAACCUUAAUGCCGCAAAAUCAUUCAGCGUGGAGUGCGUGUAAUUUUCUUGGAACCAUAGACAACAAAGUAUGUUUAACAUAUUGGCUCAAUGUGCUCCAGAACAUUGGCGAAACUGAGUUACCGUUCCUUGUGACUCUUAAUCCACCCCAUACACCAGAACAUACCAUGCUCAAAUGGACAACAAGCCAUUCUGUCCCAUCAGUUGCUGCAUCAAAAGCUUUGUUCGAGCUUGACGGAAUCCAAGGGAAGAGAGGAAUAUGGUUCUGUGGCGCAUACCAGGGCUAUGGAUUUCAUGAGGAUGGGCUGAAGGCUGGCCUGGUUGUUGCACAUAAUAUGCUUGGAAAGAAUUUUGCUCUUCUGAAAAACCCAAAACAUAUGGUACCUUCUCUGGCAGAAACAGGAGCUCGCCUUUUUGUAACUAGGUUCCUUGUGCGUUUUAUAUCUACGGGAUGUAUAAUUUUAUUGGAGGAAGGUGGUAGUGCUCUUUCUUUUGAAGGAUCCAGUAAAAUAUGUCCUCUAAAAGCUGUCCUAAAAAUUCACAAUCCCCAGUUUUACUGGAAGGUUGCCACACAAGCUGAUUUAGGACUUGCAGAUGCAUAUAUAAAUGGCGAUUUCACUUUUAUGGAUGAGGAAAAUGGUCUCUUUAUUUUGUUUACGAUUUUCAUUUGUAACAGGGAUUCGAAUAAUUCUACCACAAAACGCAAUAGUAAAAGGGGUUGGUGGACACCAUUACUUUUCACAGCUGGGAUUGCAUCUGCAAAGUAUUUCUUCCACCAUGCUUCCAGGCAAAACACUCUCACACAAGCUCGCAGGAACAUCUCCCGUCAUUAUGAUCUGAGUAAUGACCUCUUUGCCCUGUUCUUGGAUGAAACAAUGAUGUACUCCACCGCAAUAUUUAAGGAGGAGAAUGAAGACUUGAAGACUGCACAGAUAAGGAAAAUCUCUCUUCUGAUUGAAAAAGCCAGAAUUGAUGAAAAGCAUGAAAUUCUUGAAAUUGGAUGUGGCUGGGGAACCUUAGCCAUUGAAGUCGUCAAACAAACAGGAUGCAAGUAUACUGGAAUUACCCUGUCCAAAGAGCAACUAAAAUUUGCGGAAAGGAAAGUACAAGAAGCAGGGCUUCAGGAAAACAUAAGAUUCCUUCUAUGUGAUUACCGGCAAUUGCCUGACUCCUGCAAGUAUGACAGAAUUAUAUCAUGUGAGAUGAUUGAAGCGGUUGGCCAUGAAUUCAUGGAGGAAUUUUUUGGCUGUUGUGAGUCGGUGUUGGCUGAAGAUGGUCUUCUUGUUCUACAGUUUACAUCAAUGCCUGAUGAACGGUAUGAUGAGUACAGAAGAAGCUCGGAUUUUAUCAAAGAAUAUAUUUUCCCUGGUGCAUGUGUCCCUUCUUUGAGUAGAGUAACAUCAGCAAUGGCAUCAGCAUCUAGGCUAAGUGUGGAGCACGUGGAAAAUAUAGGAAUACAUUUCUAUCAAACUUUGAAAUGUUGGAAGAAGAAUUUCAUGGCAAAUCAGAGUAAAAUUUGCUCAUUGGGAUUUGAUGAGAAGUUCAUCCGAACAUGGGAAUAUUAUUUUGACUAUUGUGCUGCUGGUUUUAAAUCACGUACACUGGGAAAUUAUCAGAUGGUUUUCUCACGUCCAGGCAACCUUACGGCAUUCAGCGAUCCAUACAGAGGAUUCCCAUCAGUGACGUAUCCAAAUUUGAUGGAGUUCUUCGAGAGUCUUGGAGUGGACAUGGAGCUUUCGGAUAUGUCAUUUGCAGUGAGUCUAGACAAGGGCCAGGGAUGUGAAUGGGGAAGCCGUAAUGGGUUAUCAGGCUUGUUUGCACAGAAAUCUAAUUCUUUCAAUCCUUACUUCUGGAAAAUGCUCCGGGAAAUAUUCAAGUUUAAGACCGAUGUUCUCAAUUACCUUGAAGAUCUUGAGAACAACCUUGACAUUGAUCGCAAUGAAACCUUGGGGCAUUUCAUCAAAUCACGUGGUUACUCUGAUUUAUUUCAGAAGGCUUAUCUUGUGCCAAUAUGUGCUUCAAUCUGGUCCUGCCCUUCAGAAGGAGUGAUGAACUUUUCAGCUUUCUCUGUUCUUUCAUUCUGCCGGAAUCAUCAUCUUCUUCAGCUCUUCGGCCGUCCACAAUGGCUAACUGUCAGAUGGCGUUCACAUACUUAUGUCAAUAAGGUUAGAGAAAAGCUGGAGAGUAAAGGUUGUCAAAUUAGAACAGGAUGUGCAGUGCAGUCUGUUUCAACUUAUGAUGGGGGUUGUACUGUAUAUGUAGAUGGCUUACAAAAGACGUAUGAUGGGUGUGUUAUAGCUACACAUGCACCAGAUGCUUUAAGUAUAUUGGGUGAACAAGCAACACAUGAGGAAAUUAGAGUGCUUGGUGCUUUUCAAUAUGUUUACAGUGAUAUUUUCCUUCAUCGUGACAAAACCUUAAUGCCGCAAAACCCAUCAGCAUGGAGUGCAUGGAAUUUUCUUGGAACCAUAGAAAACAAAGCAUGUUUGACAUAUUGGCUCAAUGUGCUCCAGAACAUUGGCGAAACCGAUUUACCAUUCCUUGUGACUCUCAAUCCACCCCAUAAACCAGAACAUACCAUGCUUAAAUGGACAACAAGCCAUCCUGUCCCAUCAGUUGCUGCAUCAAAAGCUUUGUUUGAGCUUGAUGGAAUCCAAGGGAAGAGAGGAAUAUGGUUCUGUGGCGCAUACCAGGGCUAUGGAUUCCAUGAGGAUGGGCUGAAGGCUGGCUUGGUUGUUGCUCAUAAUAUGCUUGGGAAGAAAUUUGCUCUUCUGAAAAACCCAGAACAUAUGGUACCUUCUCUGGCAGAAACGGGAGCUCGCUUUUUUGUUACUAGGUUCCUUGUGCGUUUUAUAUCUGCGGGAUGUUUAACUUUAUUAGAAGAAGGAGGUACUGUUCUUUCUUUUGAAGGAACCAGAAAAAUUUGUCCUCUAAAAGUUGUCCUAAAAGUUCACAAUCCCCAGUUUUACUGGAAGGUUGCUACACAGGCUGAUUUAGGCCUUGCUGAUGCAUAUAUAAAUGGCGAUUUCUCUUUUAUUGACAAGGAAGAUGGUCUUUUGAAUUUAUUCAUGAUUUUCAUUGCUAACAGGGAUUUGAAUAAUUCUAUCACAAAACAGAAUAAUAGAAGGGGUUGGUGGACACCAUUACUUUUCACUGCUGGGAUUGCAUCUGCAAAGUAUUUCUUCCGCCAUGCUUCAAGGCAAAACACUCUCACACAAGCUCGUAGGAACAUCUCCCAUCAUUAUGAUCUGAGUAAUGAUCUCUUUGCUCUGUUCUUGGAUGAAACAAUGACGUAUUCCUCAGCAAUAUUUAAGGAGGAGGAUGAAGACUUGAAGACUGCACAGAUGAGGAAAAUCUCUCUUCUGAUUGAAAAAGCCAGAAUUGAUGAAAAGCAUGAAAUUCUUGAAAUUGGAUGUGGCUGGGGAAGCUUAGCCAUUGAAGUCGUCAAACGAACAGGUUGCAAGUAUACUGGCAUUACCCUGUCUGAAGAGCAACUGAAAUUUGCCGAAAGAAAAGUAAAAGAAGCAGGGCUUCAGGACCACGUAAGAUUCCUUCUAUGUGACUACCGCCAAUUGCCUGGCUCUCGCAAAUUUAAUAGAAUUAUAUCAUGUGAGAUGAUAGAAGGGGUUGGCCAUGAAUUCAUGGAGGACUUCUUUGGCUGUUGUGAGUCGGUGUUGGCCGAAGAUGGUCUUCUUGUUCUACAGUUUAUAUCAAUACCUGAUGAACGGUAUGAUGAGUACAGACAAAGCUCAGAUUUUAUAAAAGAAUACAUUUUCCCUGGUGGAUGUCUUCCAUCUUUGACUAGAGUAACAUCAGCAAUGGCAUCGGCAUCUAGACUAUGUGUGGAGCACCUGGAAAAUAUUGGAAUUCAUUACCAUCAAACACUGAAAUGUUGGCGGAAGAAUUUCAUGGCAAAGCAGAGUAAAAUUCGUUCAUUGGGAUUUGAUGAUAAGUUCAUCCGAACGUGGGAAUAUUAUUUUGACUAUUGUGCUGCUGGUUUUAAAUCACUUACUCUGGGAAACUAUCAGAUGGUUUUCUCACGUCCAGGGAACCUCACAGCAUUCAGCGAUCGAUACAGAGGUGUACCAUCAGCAUACUGAAAACCUUUGGGUGGUUCCCAUUAUCUCCAUAAUUUUUUUUUUUUUUUUUUUUUUUUCAAUUUUUUCACAUCACUAUUUUUUUUCCCUCAAGUUCCAUUGGUUGGGUUAUCCUAUCAUUGCAAGGGAAACUUGGUAUUUUCUGCUGUCCCAGAAAAGCAAGCAAGUGUUGAACCAUCAUCAUCUUUCAUACACCGAGCAUUUAUUGGCAGAAUUUUGAAUAGAAGGACUGAAUUGUGAUUAACUUCUACAAAGCCCUUCCAAUAUGCACAACACUCCCUCCAUAAAAAUUCAUUUGGAUAUAUGAAACAAUGGUCCUUAAGUUGA